AUGUUGCAAGUGGAUAAUACAUCGCUGCACAAAGAAACAGUAGAAAGAAAAUUGGAUGAAAUUAACGGCGGAGAGCAGCCAGAAAUAAGUGCAUCUUCCCACCAAACAAACAUAGAGAACAGCAUGCAUGCUGGAGUGCAUGCUAUGCGCGGGAGUAUACACCCCAGAGAAGCUCUUGAAAUGGAGGUAGCGGAUACGAAAAAGAGCAGUGUGAGUUUUACAUUUAAGAAUAUAUCGUAUAAAAAUAUAAUAAAAGAUGUCUCGCAGUCGUUCAAGAGCGGACAAAUGACUGCUAUCCUUGGCCCAUCUGGAGCAGGGAAAACAACCUACUUGAAAAUAAUCUCAGGAAGAAAGCAAAAAACCAUGGGAAAGAUAGUUCUAAAUGGACAGGAGAUCAAGCAGAAGGAGCUAAGAAAGAGAGUUGCAUAUGUCCAUCAAGAGGAUCACUUGUAUCCAAUGCUCACAGCAAAAGAGAUGCUGUCAUACACAAUUAGGCUAAAGACACCGGGAGAGGAAAACCAGGAUGAGCUUGCAGAGAAAUUACUAGCGGAGGUAGAAAUGGCGCACGUGGGCGAUACAUUAAUUGGGGAUCCAUUAGAGGGUGUGGCAGGCCUUUCGGGCGGAGAAAGAAAAAGACUGUCUGUCGCGCAGGAGCUGGUCUCUAGGCCAGAGAUAAUAUUUCUAGAUGAACCAACAAGUGGACUGGACUCGUACACAUCAGAGUCACUGAUUAUUCAUCUUAAAAAUCUUGCACGUUCAGGAAUGCUGAUUGUAAUGACAAUCCACCAGCCAUCAUCAGAUAUUUUCCAUAUGUUUGACAAUAUCAUAAUGAUGAAGAAUGGGCAGAUUGCAUACUCUGGCUCUCCAAAAGACUGUGUGCAGUCUUUGGGUGCGUUUGGGUUGCCUUGUCCAAAGUACACAAACCCAGCAGAUCAUCUAUUUAGAAUAAUCAAUCAGCUGCCACCCCAGCAAGAGAAGUCCGAAAAGCUGGAGGAGGAGGGAGUUGACUCAUUGGAGAAUAUGAGCAAAAAAUUCACGCUUAGUUCAUUCCUAUACGAGACAAAAGUUCUUCUAUCAAGAACAGUUCUGUGCAGCAUCCGGAACAAGAAGUAUCUUUUUGCUAAGCUAGGGCAUGCUCUUUUUGUUUCUCUUAUUACAGGCAUGUUUCUUUACGACAUACCUAGCAAGCAGGCAUACCAAAUAGAGACAAAUGUGGUUGGGUGCUACAGAACUAUCACAAUGGCCACAUUUGGAACAUUUUCAUACGGGGCUAUUUCGAUUCUAUUCUCAGAUAGAAAGAUACUCAUAAAAGAGUAUGGAUCAAACUACUAUACGUUUAUGCCUUACUUUAUCUCAAAGGUGUUGGUAGAUUUUAUGAUCACAUGCAUGCAUCCUUUCAUUGGAACGCCAAUUAUAUUCUAUCUUUCUGGCAUUGGGUCUGUUGCCCAUCUGUUUGGGUGUCUCUUGCUUGGAGCAACAGCGCACUCGCUGGGUGUGCUCAUGGCAUCUUUAGUGGACACAUCUGAAAUAGCGCUUGCAAUCUUCCCUGCAAUGUCGUAUUUUAUAAACAUGCUUACGGGAACAGACGUAGAUCCAGAGAGCAUUAUAUCAGGGCUGUCGCAUCUGCAGUACAUAUCUCCACCAAGACAUGCAUAUAACAUAAUGAUAAAGCUGCACUACGCAGGAAGAACUGAUCUGUCCGACAGAAUCAAUGGGCUAGUUAAUGAGUUUGUUUCUAUAUAUACAUCAAUGACCAUUUUAUUUAUAACAUAUAUUAUUUUGAUCAUUGCCGCAGGAUAUUGCCUAAAAAGAAAGAUAAUGAAGCUGGCCCAGGGGUAG